AUGUCGGAAGUUCCGGUACGUUUUGGGAUCCCGCUUCAGAUAGAAAGAGCGGUGACCGAGUACCCCGUAGGGAACGGAGAUAAGUAUAUUAGGUAUUAUACUUUAGUAUGGAUUGAUGUGGGGGAAACGCAUUACCAGACCCACGAGUAUAUAGCCUGGUGCUUUAGAAACUACUCCGGGGAGUAUGGACCUCUUCGGACUUUUGAUGUCCCGUUUAACGGGCUGGACGAGGUGGACCCGCAGUGUGCCGACGAAGACCUAGUGAACCCCGAAGCUACGCCCGAGGGGAGUUCGAGUUCUGGCGCCGGACCUGUCGUCUGGGAGAAAAGAAACAAGCCGAUUUCAAGCUACUUAGAUGAUUCAAUGUUGAAUAUGUUUUAUGGAACUCUUCUAAAAGCAACCCAUGGUUUCUCUUCUACUAAUCUAAUCGAGGUUGGAAGUUUUGGGUCUGUAUACAAGGGGCUACUCCAAGCGAAUGGAAAUGUCAUCGCGGUUACGGUGCUUAAUUUAACACGGCAUGGUGCUCUCAAAAGCUUCAAAGUAGAAUGCGAGGUUUCAAAGCACAUAAAACAUCAAAAUCUUAUAAAAGUCCUGACAGCGUGCUCAGGCAUUGAUUAUAACGGUGAUGAGUUUAACGCUAUAGUUUAUGAGUUCAUGGUCAAUGGCAGCCUAGAAGAGUGGUUGCACCCAAAUCCAGCUCCAAAUGAUGCAAAUGGGCACUCGAAGAAAUUGAGCCUCACCCAAAGGAUAAACAUUUCUAUUGAUGUUGCUUCUGCAUUAGAUUAUCUCCAUAAUCAAUGCCAAAGCCCAAUAAUUCAUUGUGAUCUAAAGCCAAGCAACGUCCUUCUAGAUGCUGACAUGGUUGGACACAUUGGUGACUUUGUGUUGGCAAAGAUUGUCCUCGAAUCUACGUUUGACACUAAGGCAAACAUGAGUUCUGUUGGUAUAAGAGGAACAGUUGGUUAUGCCGCUUCAGGAUUAAGUCCCACUAGCGACAUAUUCGGAGAUAAUUUGAAUCUUCAUAAUUAUGUCGCUGAAGCUUUGCCCCAACAAGCCAUAAUGAUUACUAAUCCCAUGCUGCUUCACCAAGGAGAGAGCCGCGACAGUUCCCAUGAUUCGCUUCUUGAAAGGAGUCGCAUUUUUAAAAAAUGUUUAGAAACAGUAUAUCAUAUUGGACUCGCUUGCUCCGUCGAGGAGCCCAUACGACGCAUGACCAUCGACCAAGUUGCAACCCAGCUGCAUUUGAUCAGGGAGAAACUUUUUGCAGCUUCUUUAGUUGGAUAG